AUGUCCGUUGUUCAUAUUAUCGACGUGGAAAGUGGGAAUUUACAAUCUUUAAUCAAUGCUAUUGAACGUCUUGGAUUUAAAGCUUAUUUGGUGAAAAAAAGUGAUGAUCCUGAAUUAGCUAAUGCAUCAAAGCUGAUUUUGCCAGGUGUGGGGAAUUUUGGACAUUUUCUAGACAACCUUUUCUCUCGUGGUUUUGAAAAGCCUAUCAGAGAAUUCAUUGCAUCCGGUAAACCUAUUAUGGGUGUUUGUGUUGGAUUACAAGCACUUUUCAAUACUUCUGAAGAAAGUCCACAGAGUUCAGGCUUCAAAUAUAUUAACUUUGAUCUUUCCAAAUUUGAUGCUAGUGAUAAACCUGUACCUGAAAUUGGUUGGAACAGUUGUACACCUGAUUCCGAUUCAUUCUUUGGAUUGGAUCCCUACAAAAGAUACUACUUCGUCCACUCGUAUGCCGCCAUUUUAACGCCUCAUUCUGAAAAGGUAUUGAUCGAAAAUAAUUGGAAAUAUGCAAAGGCCAAAUACGGUACCCAAGAAUUUAUUGCAGCGGUUAGUAAGGAUAACAUUUUUGCUACGCAAUUUCAUCCUGAAAAAUCUGGAUUAGCAGGUUUGCAUGUCAUUGAAAAUUUCUUGAAGCAACAGCAUCCAGUGACCACUUAUACUGAAGAGCAGAAAAGUACUCUGGCAAAUGAUUAUUCCAAUUUCGGAUUAACUAGAAGAAUUAUUGCAUGUUUAGACGUCCGUACCAAUGAUCAAGGUGAUUUAGUGGUUACUAAAGGUGAUCAAUACGAUGUACGUGAGAAGGGCCAGGAGAAUGAUGUGAGGAAUUUAGGUAAACCAGUGGAAUUGGCUCAAAAAUACUAUGAACAAGGUGCUGACGAAGUUACCUUUCUAAAUAUCACAUCUUUCAGAGAUUGUCCUUUGAAAGAUACUCCAAUGUUAAAAGUGUUAAGGCUUGCCGCCAAAACCGUUUUCGUUCCCUUAACUGUUGGUGGUGGUAUCAAGGACAUUGUAGAUGUUGAUGGCACCAAGAUUCCAGCUUUGGAGGUCGCAAGUUUAUAUUUCAGAUCUGGUGCUGACAAAGUAUCCAUCGGUACCGAUUCUGUUUACGCAGCAGAGAAAUAUUAUGAACUUGGUGGCCGUGGUGACGGAACCUCUCCCAUAGAGACUAUUUCUAAGGCGUACGGUGCACAAGCUGUAGUCAUCUCUGUGGACCCCAAGAGAGUUUACGUGGAUGGACCUCAAGAUACAAAGAAUAAGACUUUCCAAACCAAGUUCCCCAAUGAAAAGGGUCAAAAUUGGUGCUGGUACGAAUGUACCAUCAAAGGUGGUAGAGAGACAAGGGACAUUGGCGUUUGGGAAUUGACGAAGGCAUGUGAAGCACUAGGCGCUGGUGAAGUUCUUUUGAACUGUAUUGACAAGGAUGGUUCUAAUUCUGGUUAUGAUUUGGAACUUCUUGAUCACGUUAAGGAUGCUGUUAAAAUACCGGUGAUCGCUUCUAGCGGAGCAGGUAACCCUGGACAUUUCGAAGAAGCUUUCACCCAAACCAGAGCAGAUGCUUGCCUGGGUGCAGGUAUGUUUCACAGAGGUGAAUAUACCGUUAACGACGUUAAAGAAUACCUCCUCAAAAAGGGUCUUAAAGUUAGAAUGGACCGCGGUUAA